AUGAUAAAAGCAGAGCGACACGUCUACAAGGUCUUUAACCAGGACUUUACUAUCGACAAGAGGUUCCAUAUUACUAAAGAAUUGGGCCAUGGCGCCUAUGGUAUUGUCUGUGCAGCUAGGUGCCCUGGUUCACCAGAAAUACCGGGAAUCGCCAUUAAAAAAGUCACGAAUAUUUUCUCAAAAAAGAUUCUUUGUAAGCGAGCUUUGAGAGAACUCCGUCUUCUGAACCAUUUCAGAGGCCACAAGAACAUUACAUGUCUGUAUGAUAUGGACAUUGUAGAUACAAACAACUUCAAUGAACUAUAUCUCUAUGAAGAGUUGAUGGAAUGUGACAUGCACCAAAUCAUUAGAUCACAGCAACCUCUUACUGACGCUCACUAUCAGAGCUUCAUUUACCAGAUUCUGGUGGGGUUAAAAUACAUCCACUCUGCCAAUGUGUUACACAGGGACCUGAAACCCGGUAAUCUACUAGUGAACGCAGACUGUGAAUUAAAAAUAUGUGAUUUUGGUCUUGCGAGAGGCUUUUCUAGCGAUCCCGAACGAAAUGCUGGCUUUCUAACCGAAUACGUAGCAACUAGAUGGUACAGAGCUCCUGAAAUUAUGCUUAGUUUCCAGAGCUAUACUAAAGCAAUCGAUAUCUGGUCUGUGGGAUGUAUUCUUGCUGAACUUCUUGGAGGUAAACCCUUUUUCAAGGGCAAAGAUUAUGUUGACCAACUCAAUCAAAUUCUUCAUUAUCUUGGCACUCCAUCCGAAGAAACGCUUCAACGCAUUGGAUCGCCAAGAGCUCAAGAAUAUGUUCGCUCUUUGCCCUACAUGCCACGAAUUCCAUUUGAGUCACUAUUUCCCAAUGCCAACCCUGAAGCAUUAGACUUGCUUAAUAAGAUGCUAGCAUUUGACCCUGCUGAUAGAAUUACUGUCGAAGAAGCUCUUGAGCACCCAUAUCUCAGGAUAUGGCACGACCCAGCUGAUGAGCCCGUGUGUCCUAGUGAAUUUGAUUUUUCGUUUGAGGCUGUGGAUGAUAUGGACCAGAUGAGACAGAUGAUUCUUGAUGAGGUCAUGAAGUUCAGGGAGAUGGUUAGACAGCCCAUUCCAAACCAGCGUCAACAAGAGGAAGCAGAAGCCCAGGCUCACGCACAUGCUCAAGCUCAAGCUCAAGCACAAGCUCAAGCACAGGCUCAAGCAGAAGCCCAAGCUCAAGCCCAAGCACAAGCUCAGGCUCAGGCUCAGGCACAAGCACAGCAAUACGCAGACUCCUCAUUGGCUGUGGAGUACACCUCACCUAUUUCUAUGGAUCAACAACACUCUUUGAAUGCUGCUUUUUCGCGUACUGACCAACUUGGUAUCCCUUCUGAAGAGUUUCGCUACCAGGACCAGCCUCCCAAGCCUCAAGAAAACGUUGGUGCUCCAGCGUCCGCAUUCGAUCUUGAACGAGAGCUCGAGUUUGGGCUUGAUGCAAGAUAG